GGCAAUACAAUACAACUUUAAUAUUUAUUUAAUGUAAUGUUUUGUAAUAAAAACAUUUUUAGGAUUUUUAUGCCUGUUCCUGAAACAAAUUGACACUUCAAUUUCAAACUAAACUUUGCUGUAGGUGUUCUGCUUAAUAAAUUCAUAGGACCUGUUUUGAAAAGAAUGCUUUUAAGCUUAAUACCAAAUUCUCUGCAUAGUUGUAAAUGCAGUUAAUAUGAAACUUGAAUAAUUUCAUACUGUCUGGAGUCAACUAUCUCCACAUCACAAUAGCUCAACAGGAAGUCAGUAAUUACUAUUGCUUCUGUAGCAGAAGGCUGUCUUUCACAAAACAAUUUCUGAAAAUCUAAGAUACAGUGUGAUUCCUAUUUUUUCAAAGCCCUUUCCUUAUUGGGGGUAAGUGGAAAUAAUGCUUUUCUAAGCAAGUGUUAUCCUGAAAGAUUACUUGUACUAUAACAAUGUAUUUUUCAUUCCUGCAGCCUUUUAGCUGUUCUUUAUUUUCCCUUCUUUGUUGGACUGCCAGUAAGGUAUCGACUGGAGAUCAGAUUUGAUUUAAAAGCCCUUCUAUCCAAAAGUAAAAUAAGCUUAAUUUCUGUAAAAUACUUGCUGGUCUUUGGACAGUGAUGACCUAGUCAUUAGCAGACCACACUGGGCUAAAUGAAAACAGUAUAUGCCUUGUUAAUACCAAAGAAACAAUUGCUGCAAUGCAAACUGCAUUUGCCUAGUAAAAGUUCUGUGUCAGGCAGCAUCUGAGAUGAUGCUUACUCAAGCAGCAACAUUCCUGCGGGACACAGAUGCAGGAUAAUGUGGCUUUUAUCCCGUUCUCCAACAGUUAGAGCCUGACAUACACACUAACGCAAUAAUUGUAAUCCCUCUUUCAGAAUGGGUCAGUGGUGAUUAACAACUAUUUUGUGUUGUCCUCAUGAACUGUUUCAUGAGCUAUGGCUGUUGUUUUGGUCAGCAAUUCCAGAAGCAAUCAAAAUGAAUUUCUUUGUUUCCAUUAAAUGUAGAUGUGUUUGGGUAAGCAUGCCAGCGAGCGUGUUCAUUUUGUACAUAAUACCUCCUUCCAGACUGUUAAAACUGAGAGUUAAAAAAAAACUGUCCCGAAUUUAAAACUGUCUUGAGCCCAGCUGGCUGUGCUAACAGCCUUUCAUUUACAAAGACACCUGAAACUAGUGUAACAGCAAAUCUCUUACAUUGCAUUUUGAAUUCUCUGCAUCUUAAAAUCCCCUGAAAUUUAAAAAAAAAGGUAUAGUGGUGGGUUUUUUAGUAUGCUUUCAAAAUAGUCUGCUCUCUGCAUCCAUCUCUUUGCUUUGUCUGUCCCAAAAAAAUAAGCGGUUACAUCAACAUUCUCUCACUCAAUUCAUAGCUCACUUUACCAUAUGCAUACAUUCUCACACAUGCACAAAAAAAUCUCCUCCAAAAUAUUUGUCUUUGUUAGUAUUUGUUCUGGCAAAGCAGAGCUUGCUGAAAUUUCCAUCAGCAAGUUUCAGGCUGAGUAGGACACAGUAGGUUGUUGCUGACUCUUACAAGAGGAAAACUCUGAUUUUUCCUCCUACCCUUUAACGGGUAAUCAGGAUUUUUUUUCAUGCAUGAAUUGCAAGUGUAAGAAAAAUGAUUAAUUUUUAAACUACUCAAGUGUAUGAUAAAGCUUUGCUAGUGCCAUAUUUAGGAAAUGAGAAGGGAAGUCAGGAUCUUGUAUGCUGUGUGUUGUGCUUUUCGGCUGUCAGAUCAUUUGGCCUCUGUGCCUAUAUUAAACUCAACAAUACGAAGAUAGGAUACUUGGGUUGCAAUUUAUUUUUAUCCCUUUAUCCUCCCAAUGCUUAGACAAAAAGCACCAUGUAUUACGAAGCAUUGCUUUCAAGGUUAUUGAUAUGACACAAAUACAAUCCCAUAAUUACACAGCAGUGGAAAGCUGAAAUGGUGUACUUUUUUCCUUGACACACUAUUGGUAUGAACCUCAACCACCUUCAACUUUGGAUUUCUGGAUGUAUGUACACCAGAAUAUGGCCAGCUGCCUUUUAAUACUUCAAGAUGAGUGUGUGCAGAGCAUUCCCUUCUACCAGGACCUAUGCACACAUAGUUUUGUCCACACAUCUGUAUGGACAGACCUGUAAGGUAUGCCAUCAGCUGCUGGUUUUGUGUGUUGCUGACAAACCUCCCAAAUGUUGAGCCUGAGUGUCAGUACCAUGUGUCUCACGAGCGAGAUGUCAUCUCAUCCCUUUCUCGUGAGCAGGUUUUGCCGAAUGCAGCAGGCUGUGCACUGCCCUCAUCAGACUGUAACUUAUACCCAAGCUGGUAACGUGACUGCAGCUGUGCAUCACUGCAGCGAAAGCGUUUGCUGUAGUACCAGCAUACGCUCUUUCUGGAACAAGGGCUGCGUUCUGCCUUCCCGUAAACGUGCUGCCACGAUGACAGCACUAGAGAAAGCUACUGGUGAUGUUGUGCUCAAGUUUGAACCAUUUAUUCUUCAUGUGCUAUGUCAAGAGCUGCAGGAUGCACAGCUUCUGCAUGCAGUGGCUAUCGAUUCUGGGUUCAGGAACUCUGGUAUUACGGUCGGCAGAGGAGGAAAAAUUAUGAUGGCUGUCCGGAGCACUCACUGCUUAGAAGUUCCAUUGAGCCACAAGGGGAAAUUGAUGGUCUCUGAAGAAUAUAUUGAAUUUCUGAUACACGUAGCUAAUCGAAAAAUGGAAGAAAACACAAGGAGGAUUGACAGGUUCUACAAAUGCUUAGAGUUAGCUUUGAAAACUGCCGUCGGUGCAGACAGCUCGCCUUCUGAGGAGACGGAGAAGGAUCGCUCUGUGUACAUUCACAGAAGAAAGAGAAAGACCGUUCAAGAACAAGACGUACAUACCUCUACAAAGGAUCACAAAGAAGAAUUGGAGCCUGAGGAUGAUUCAGAAAGCAAUCUUGAUAUUUUUGCUGAAAUAGUGGUAUAGACUAAGGCAUCUGAAAGCAAAUGGCAAAUUGAAUAAUAAUUGUAAUGCUCUUUGUAAGAGAUAUAAAUACUGCUCUGUUCUAAGUAGUAACACUCUCAUGGACAUUUACCAGAAAAAAAGGUAAUUAAACAGACUUGUGAACAGGUUUAAUUCCACAGAAGCACAGAAACAAAACCUUAGAAUGUUUUGAUUGUUUUUUUUUAUCAGCACUGUUGGAUUGACAGUCUUUUACUCUGUCUGUCAGUGAUCACAGAAAUAACUGGUGUGGUUUGCUACAGCCUUUGGCCAUGUUCUCUAUGGAAGCAUUUUGCUUCCAAAUGCUGCGUUUAGGCCUUCUGAUUUUUGCAGAGCAGAGAAACUCUAAAAAACUGUGUUGUUAUCCUUGAAGGUUUUUGAUCCUUGUAUGACCUCUGCAAAACAGCGUGCACCAAUACAGGUAGCCCUUUCAAAACACCACAAACCCAUAUAUUAGUCAGCUGAAGAGCAGUACCUGGUGUGGAGGUCAGAAUAGAAAAGUAGAAGUUCUGUACUGCUCUGUGCCGGCUUCAGCCGAGUGUGUCCAGGAUCCCUCCUCACUCUUGCACCGGGCAGCACAGCUGAUGCUGUUUUCCUGCACUUCACUGUGUUUCAGGCUCCAGCCCCACUAUGUUCAUGUGUUCUGCUUCCCUUGGCCAGCAGCCAUCAAGUGUUACUUUUCUUUCCAUCUUUUAGCGAUCUCUGUAUGCUGAUAGUUCAUGAGCUCACUUACAUGUCAUUCUAUGUGACCAGCACCUGGCUUCAGUUCCAGCUGCUGGGCAGAAAGUCAACUGAAGUGUACAGUAACGGGCUUUCUUACCAGGCUAUGAACCACUGACAUGCAAUAAAUGUUAAAUAUAAAACGGUGCCAUAAUUUGUGCAUUCUUGUGUUGUACUGCUGGAAAAGUCACUCCAUGCUCAUAGUGUAUUCUUCAGAAAAACGGUGAAUUUGUGAACCUUAGCAACAAUGAAUUCUGAGCCCUUCCUUUUAUGACUGAGUGAUUGCUAACACUGCGAAACAAGACCCUGACUGAAGGAGAUGGUUUAUUUGGUAUGGUAACUCCCAGUUCAUUGUUUCCAUUACAUAAGCCUGUAUCCUGGAGACAUUUCAA